CUUCUGGGAUCCUCUUUAGACUAUUCCGUUGUUGCUGAAGCAGGGGCGGACUGACAACUCAUGGGGCCCCCGGGCAAUAGGGGAUCAUGGGACCCCUGUGUCCUUGCCCACACUCAAAACAUCCUAUAAAAAAGGUACCAGGGGCAUUUCAUGGGGCCCCCUACUGACCCCGGGCCCUCUAGCAGUGCCCGAGUGCUCGAAUGGUCAGCCCGCCCCUGCAUAGGAUCAUCCAUAAAGGCAUUGAGG